AUGGCUGUACGACCAGGAGAGGAGAAUGUUGCGACACUCUUCGCAGACAUUCAUUACUUCUAUGGCCCCGAUACUGUGAAACCCAGACAUCACAGGUUUGACAAGGGCUCGUAUGUCUAUCUUUUUGAAAACGCCAACGAGCGCCGGUGCCGCAUCGAAAUUGCCAACCAGCCAGGUACUGAGGAUCAGGAUGCUUUCGAAGGAUACCUCGAUCAGACACACGUCCGAUACUCCUACAAGCAACAAUGCAACGUGACUCUGACCGGACCUGAAGCUGUCGCGGACCAAAACGAAUGGCACCUACCAACUUUUGAUCCUCAGAAUCAAAACAAGUACCACUAUAAGCUUCACUCUCUUGACAUCUACUUCUGGACCCAGACAGAUGCGCUCCAGUUUGUCAAUGGCGUAAGAAGAGUUGCUCCGCCUUCACAUGUUGAAGUCCUGGAUGAGCCUGGCCCGCCCCCUCAACCUGCGCCUAUGAGCUCUGUGGUUCAGCAGUUGGAGAACGUUGCCAUCUCAGACCCUCAAUAUGGUUCAGCCAACGCUCCGAGCUUUGCGCCUCCUCCCAACGUCCCCGCCCCGCCUCCAGCCCCGCCCUCCGAGGCACCGGCCAGCUUUGCUCCGAUGGCUUAUAACCCGGCCGCUCCAGCAGCUCCGGAGACGAUCCAGCACCGGGAAAAGACGCCGCCUCCGGACGAGGAUCCCCUCAACCCGUUGGCUGUUGCUGUUGCGUAUGACUACCACAAGCAGCCUUUCACGCCGGGCAUGCCUCCGCCAUCGCAAUUCCCUCUGGGAGGUGUGACAAGUCCCGGACUACCUCCACCUCAAUUCGGUCAGCAUCCUGGAUUGCAAAGAGCUGUUACAAUGCCUGCUCAAGCAUUGGGAAGUCCAUAUGGUGCAACAUUCCCAGGUUCACCUGGAUUUGUAUCUCCCCCGCCUCCUCCACAAACUCAACCUCCGGCCCAGACUCAACCUCACUCGCAACCAACACCGCCAGCUUCCAACCCGGGUCUUCCUCCACCACCUCCUGGAGGCUUCACGCAGUACAACUAUACACACCAAGAGCAGCAGGCGCCAACCCAGCCAGGUGCAGAAUAUUCAAUCCACCAGCAGGUUUACCGCCCAACGCAGACAGAAUUGGCCAAUUCCGAGAUCUACUCAUUUGCGCCUAAGACAAAGGAGCCAAGAGGUAAACUUGAGGAGAAUGCGGGACGAUUGGAGCGUGGCGUGACGGGCAUGCUGAAGAAGUUUGAGAAGAAGUUUGGAUAA